UGUUUUAAUUACGGGGAUAAAACGACGUGACACCUAACCCUCUCUCACAAAAUUCCACAUUGUUAAGAUCUUGUACAAGUGAGAGUGUAUAUUAAGACACCAACUCUUAGCUAGUUUUCAUUCUAAGCUAAGAUGAAGAAAAUGAAUGUUCUGUUGAAGAAAUGCAAGAGCCUCUCAAAGCUGGGGAGGUCCUCAUCUUACAGCAGCCUGAGGUCCAAAUCCAAUAGCUACAUCCAAGACUGGGAGGGACCCGCGAACGAAGAUGCUAAGGAGGCCGCGGUGGUCUUCGUGGGGAGCUCGAGGAGGCGGUACACGAUAAGCUUGAAGCAUCUGAAUCAUCCUUUGAUAAGCGCGCUGAUUGAUCGAUCGAAGAUUAAUGAGAAUCAUGGGGAUCAGAAGAUAUCGGUCAAGUGUGAAGUUGUGCUCUUUGAUCACUUGCUGUGGAUGCUGGAGAAUGCUGAUCUUGACGAGGUGGUGGCUGAUGGUGCGCUGGAGGAACUGACUCAACUCUAUGCUUGUUAAGGAGGUUGUGUUUAAUUAAGAUUUAGUUUAACAUUAUUAGUUUUUGAGAGAUGUGGAAGUUAUGAUGUAUCUCUUUUAAUUGACUUGGUGUAACUAUGUUUUGUGAGAGAGAGAGAGAUUGCCAAUGCUGUUAAGUUGAUGCAUUGAGGUCGGUGUUAUCAACGUGUUGUGUUUUUAUAUGAAAAGUAUGGAAUGUGUUUGCUUGCUUAAUAAAGA